AGCGGGGGGGGGGAACGGUCGAUUUGGCGCGAAAGCGCGUCGCGCGGAAACAAAUCGGCCGGGAGGUUGGGUUCGGUUCGGCAUCAUGCUCGCCAACCAAAACCUCCUGAUCGUCACCAUGGAGGCCUGCCACAAGCACACGUCCACCGUGCUGGGCCUGGUGAACAAGGUUUGCAACAAGAUGAGCCUGGGUGACGUCGCUGCGGAGUGUGAACAAGUGAGACUGAUCCUGCAGGACACGGACUCCAUGUUCGCCACGCUGAAGGACGCCGCCACCGGGGACCUGUCGCAGGUGCUUGCAGACGUCAAGAAGUACGCUUCCGACGUGGUAGAGGCGGAGUCCAGGGAGCUGCAGACGGGGCUCCAAAAGCGCUCGGAGGUGUCCGAGCAUGGUCUCAAUGAACGCUUCAAAGCCCUGGAGGCGCGAGUCCUCUCUGACUUGGCAGGCAGCGGUCCUGCCGCUGAGGGCGAAGGUCGCAAGGCUGGUGAAAGCCACCUGAUGAAGAAGGUGACCAACAGGAUGAGCGACUUUGAGGCACAGGUCUCCGCACAGAUCCAGGCGCUGUCACAGGAUGUGGAGAAAAAGGUGUCGUUCCUGGGGUCCCAGCGAACGGUGGGCGAAGGCGCCCCGGGGCUGGACAGCCUUUCCCAUGACUUGGACGUGGUCAAGUACGACCUGGGGGAGAUGAAGGACCUUCUCAAGAGUGCGCAGGGAGACACAUCCCACGUGAAGCGCAUUGUGCUGGCCUGUGAGCGAGACAUGGAGGACUUCACUGCUGCCAUGGACGCAGUGAACGUGGACCUGGAUGAGAUGCGGGCGCGAGUGGACUCCACUCACUCCAUCAUCACAUCUCGCCAGCGCGUGGAGGCCACGGUUACAGCCGAGAUCUCCACGAUGCGACUGGACAUGGGGGACAUGCAGGAAGCGCUGAAGGCGCACGACGCGUGGAUGGAGGAUGUGUCACAAAGCCUCCAAGAGUGCCACGAGCGGUGUCAGCAGCUUUCAGAGGACAUCAUGGAGCACGCUCAGCAGACCCAGGCCAAGCUGGACGCGAAGACGGACAUCACCUCCUGGAACGACAUGAACGAUGACAUCGAUGCCUCAGUGAAAACUGUCCGCGACAUGGCCUCGGCUUUGCGCCUAGAGGUGGACUCCCGGCGCCGCAAGGUGGACGAGGCGCUCGGCGGUCUGCGAGAAGACGUGAAGAGAUUGGACGAUAAGGUAGACAGCCACGUCGCCAAUAUCCAGACUUCCGCGCAGGAUUCCAUGCAGGCGGUGAAUCAGCGGCUCGAGGAGCGAAUGCAGCACUGCCGUGACCUGGAAGCCACACUGAAUCGCCACGCGGACGCGCACGCCAACAUGCAUGCGAAGGUUGACAAUCACAAGGAGGAGUUGGAGAGUCGCAUCAGUUAUGUGGAGACCACGUUGAUGAAGCAGGACGAGGACCUGCACAAAGAGGUGAAUGACCGCAUCGACGGCGUGGAGCGUCACCAUUCCAACAUUUCCAAGGAGACCGCCAAGCGUUUGAACGCGCUGGACCUACGCAUCGCGGGCCUACAAGGCGCCAGCGGAGAGUCUAAGCGCGACAUCGGCAAGUUGCGGGAUGAGGUUAACAGCCUCACGGUGAAAAGCGCGGCCCACGACGUGGACAUCGGCAAGACCAGCGACGACCUGCGGAAGGUGGAGCGGCAGCGGUUGGAGGACAACCAGCGCCACAAGCAGGAUGUGGAUGGCAUCUACGAGGAGUUGGACCAGAAGGUCUACGAGAAGAACUUCCAAUCCUUGGAGGACAACGUCACAAAGCUGACGCGGGGCACGGUGAAGCUGUGCCAGGUGGUGGGGGUCUUCCCCGGCGCGCGCAUGAACGACGGCACGGAGGAGGAGCUGGAUGUGGACGUGGACCUCUUGAACUGGGAGGACUGCGCACAAAACCUGGUGGCCCGGGUGGAGAAGACCUGGCGCCAGAUGUCCUCGCAGAAGUAUCGCAGCAUCCUCGACCUGGUGAGCAAGAAGGCCGACCACUCGGUGCUGCGGCUGCUCCAAAUUUCGCAGCAGCACAUCGAGAGCCAGCUGGAUCGAGUGCGACAUGAGCGGGAGCUGUGGAAGGAGGUUGUGGACAAGCGGUCGCAGCAGCCUCUGCAGCUGGCGCUCACACUCAAGGAUCCUCACACGGGGCAGCCGCUGCCGCCGCCACAAGGCUACAGCCUGCCCAGCGGACUUGGCCCUCCCGGAGGUAUGCCCAUGACGCCCCGGUCCAUGCCGGCUAUGCCGUGCCCGGGCAUGGAGCCGAUUGCUCCAUCAGGCAGCUUCGUGCCGGAGCCAGGCUCUAUGAAGGCAUCUCCACUCGCCAAACGCAUUGCGCGGCCAGCGGGCGCGACGUUGGGGUGCCCGAGAGAUCCGCC